AUGGGCGCUCCCGCAGCAACACCCCAGACGCCGCUCCCAAAAGCGGCCAUGGCCGUCGUCUUCCUCAUCCAGAUCAGCGAGGCGUUGGGCGGCUUCGCGCUCUUUCCCUUCGUCGUGUUUAUGUUGCGUGAUCUCGGCGUGAGCGAGCGGAACUUAGGAUUUUACAGCGGUUUGUUGGGUGCAUCCUUUUUCAUCGGGCAAGUCUUCAGCAGCUAUCACUGGGGCCGCCUCGCGGACCGCUACGGCUGCCGGGCCUGUCUCGUGUUCGGCGGGCUCGCCGCGUCGUUCUCGUCGGCGGUCUUCGGGUUCGUGCCGAACGUGACGUGGGCCGUCGUCGCGCGGGUCGCGAGCGGUCUGCUGAAUGGCACAAUAGGCAUCAUCAAGUCGCACGUCUCGCAGAUCACGGACGAGACGAAUCGACCCCACGCCUUUUCGCUCUUUCCCGUCGGUUUUGGGAUUGGCAUCGUGAGCGCGUCCUAUCUGGGCGGCGCCCUCGCGCGGCCGGCGGACACCUGGCCCGGCGUGUUUGGGUCGGAGUUCUGGGAGGCGUACCCCUACGCGCUGCCGCUCCUGGUCUGCGCGGUCUAUCAAUUCCUGACCUCUCUGCUCGCGUGCGCGGUCCUACGAGACGCGCCGCGGACGGCCGCGUACGAAGCCGUCGGCGCGGCGUCGACGACAUCACUCCCAGUCUGGCGCCGGCGCGGGCCGGUGCUGUCCUGCGCCGCCUACGCGCUGCUCGCGGGCGCGCAGAUUUUGUUCGACGAACUGUUUCCUCUCUACGCGCGCGGCUGCCUGGAGUGGAAGCCGCCGCGGAUCGGCCGGUUCCUGGCGCUCGGCGGCGGCUCGCUGCUCAUCGGGUCCUUCGCGGCGCCGCACGUCCUCCGGCUGUCGAGCGGCAACGCGUCGCGCGUCUUCGUGGUCUGCAAUCUCGUGAAUGUGCCGCUGGGUAUAGUAGUGCCGGCGCUGUCGUCCUUCGCUGGGUUGUUCCCCGUGUACGUGUCGCUGCGCGUGACGCAGACCAUUGCGUUCUGUCAAGUGAUGUUGCUGGUCAACACGUCGGCCCCGAUGUCCGAGCUCGGCGCCGUCAACGGACUGGGUCAGACUCUAGCUGCCGCUAUGAGGGCGCUCGGGCCCCUCGGCGGCGGCGCGUCGUGGUCCGGGGCGCUCUCGCUCGCGCGCGACAGCGGCGCCGCGGCGGAAACGUGUCCCGGCGUCUACGCGUACCUGCCCUACGGCGCGCGCGCGUUCCUCGUUGUUGCCGCGAUCGCCGCCGCGUGCGGGCUGCCGACGCCUACGCCCGCCGUCGAUGACGUCGACGACGACGAGGAGCGCAAGGACCCCGACGAAUCGGUGGUGUUUGCGCCGUCGUUUUCAUCGGAGAAGGAGGUGGAGAUGGUCUGAUUAUUAGUGUGUAAGAUGUAUUGUUUAGCUUACUCGAGAUUACCAGCUUCCCCCGACUUCUCCUCGCAAGCCGCCGGCGACGGCGCGCUGGACUCCGGGCACUCGGGGCGGGCGGACAUCCUCGUAAACAAGUCAAGGAUGUUCACGAAAAAUUGUUUCGUCAAUGGAUGUUUCUCGCCCAUCACCUGUUUCGACCUCUCGCCGUUCGAAGUAAGAAUUUCCGAUGGUCUACCGGCGGGCCGCACGCUUGGCCGCCGACGCGCGCGCCGCCUCGGGGCCGCGGGGCGUCCAGCGCGGCCUCCUUAUCUCGCCGCGCGGGCGGCGGGGCGACUCCGAGGACCACGCGGACCAGUACGCGGACUCGCCCGAGCGCGCGUCGACGGCGACGACGCGGGACGGGCUUACGUUGCUUUAAUUUAUCACUAUACCUUCGCCUCCGCUACCACCGCUUUUUACGAAACCCGUUUUGGAUUCAACUGCUCAACGUCGACCUGCGCCACAGUCAUGGGAGGAGGCAUCCGUGUUCUAGUAUGUUACAGGCCGCUAGCACACGCGGCAUUAAAGCAACACGCCCAGCUCGCGCCCGCUACGGCCCGCUGGUUGAAGCGAACAGGUCUGAAAGACCAGUUUUCACCGCGCCGCAGCCCUUAGCCUUCGCGAGUAGAGCGAAGCCGCACGCCUCGCCGCCACAGAUAAAAGCAGCAAAGAGCUCUCUAAGCAGCCCGCCACGCCGCGUGGCCGCAGCGCUCCCCCAAAAGGCCGCCGCACCCAGACGCCGUCGCCGCGCACAAAAAAAAUGGCCGCCCCCACCGGCUCGUCCGCCGACCUCGCCGAGAAGCUGCGGACGUACGGCGAGCAGCUCGCGCAAGUCGAGCAGUUGCUGGCCCAGGACCCGGACAACGAGCAGUUCAAGAAGUUGAGACAAGAUUUGCUCGAAGUCACUAAAUUAACAGAAGAUCUGCUGAAAUAUGACCACGAAAAAAAGGAACAGGAGCAACCAGACGCGACGCAGGGCGAAGAACAGGAGGGCAUCGAUAUAGAUCCGUUCCAAGUCGGCAUGCGCUGCGAGGGCAAGUUUAAUGAUGGAUGGUAUCCUGCCGUGAUCACUGCCGUCGCUGGUGGGGCCUACACGGUAGUCUAUAUCGGGUUCGGCAAUACGGAGGUUGUGGAUGCCGAUGGUAUUCGCCCACUCAUCUGCGACGACCCCCUGGACCCGGCACAAGUUGUGGUCGGUGCCGAGCUCGUUGGCAGGUAUUCCGGUGAUGGGAAGUACUAUGAUGUGGUGGUUGAGGCGGUCACGGAUUUCGGCUACAAAGUGUCGUUCACGGAAUAUGGGAAUUCGGAGGAGUUGCCUCUCGAAUAUUUGAGGGUGCGGUCGCAGACGGGCCAGUUGCCCGAUGCCAAUGAGGGUUUAGUAAGAGAAGCAGAUGGGACGUAUCGCAUCCCGGAGCAUUUGAAGGUGCUCCCUUCCGAUAGUGAGCAGGAUCGAUUGCGGAAAAGAAGACGCGUGAAAGCGUUGAAGCAGAAACUCAAACAAAGUGAACAAGACGCGGCCCGCGACCAGUCGAAGAACUCGUGGCAGGCCUUCCAGCAAAAAGGCGCCAAACGUAGGGUUGCCGGGUCCAUGAAGGGCGUGCGCAAGGAGUCGAUCUUUGCCGCUCCUACGACAGUGGAUGGCAAAGUGGGCGUGACGGGGUCGGGCCGCGACAUGACGGAGUUCGGGGGGCGGAAGAAGUUCAAGGUCGCGGCGAACGGGGGCCUGCCCUAA